AUGUUAAAGACUUUGCAGGAGGUAUGUGGUCUUGGAAAUGCAAACGUGUGUUUGACCAAUGCUGUUUGGUCGCCAGAACAUUCUAUAUCAAGAACAAACAAUUAUGAAAUGAAGAGUGAAAUAAAGGGCGAAAAUUUUGAUCACCCAUUUUACAACAGACGACGUCGCGCGGCAGUCCCCGAGGAAGGCAUGACACGAACACGUGACAAGUACAGGGUUGUAUACACAGACAGGCAGAGGAAGGGACUGGAACAGGCUUACGAGGAGAACAAGUUUAUCACUAUGGAAAUAAGAAGUAAACUGUCCAAGGAGUUGGAUCUGUCUGAUAGACAGAUAAAAAUCUGGUUUCAAAACAGAAGAGCAAAGGAACGCAGGGAUUCGAUGCGGUUCUCAAAUACAGAAAACCCCACGUCCGACUCAGGUCACAGCACUUCUUCCGAAUGUGACGACAGAACUUCUGUGACGUCAUCGUGUCGAUUUGUUGGAUUGGAAAUUGAGAUUUCGAAUGACAAGUUCCAAACAGAUCAAUGCCAAGCAAAUUCAAUGAACAUUAAGACAGACCAAUUCUGUGGAUAUAACGCAGCACCAGUAUUGUGUGAUUCUGAGCCAUGUUCUUCCUCGGGUUGGAACAAUGCGGUUAGCCAUGGCGGUCUUAAACAAGCUGACACAUCUCCCCUCGGAGCAGUCAUUAACCUAGAUUUUCCAACAUGGAGGCUUUGA